UGCUAUCUUUUUUUUUUAUUUUCACCCAUUUUUUUUUUAUUUUUGACUAUUAUAGAUUGUGAAGUGGACGUUUUUUUACCAUAUAUGAAGGGUACCAAAAAAAAAAAAAAAACAGGGCAGCCCCUUUUUUACCUUGGUGUUGCAGAUGACGUCAUCUUUAAAUUUUUUAGGGAUAGAUUUUACCACCGAUAAAGGAGUUAAAUUUUGCGAAAGCAAAUUUACUAUGGUGACGUCAUUUAUUGGAUUUUUUCGCUAGUACUCUCUUUUUCGUAAUGAAAUUAGAAGCCCAAAUCUUAAUUCCUAAUUAUAUGACUACGUAUUUGAUGGACCAAAGCCCGCAAGUGCGUUUGGGCUAUUAUUUAUUACAAUUGGGCUUCAAUUAUAGAGAGGAAGCUUCUUGAGUCUUUGUCUGAUCGAAGCCCAUGUUUUCCCCGGUCCAAUACCUGGCGGCAUUUUCCCUUCAUUUGGGCCUUUUGGGAUUUCAAUUAACAGUUUACAGGCGGCGAUUGCCGAUUGGUGAGUGGAAGCCGACCAGCAUGGUUGUCAUGUCUGUGGCAUGCCACCCGGUUGAACCUGGUUCAACCUGUGUUGGUCAUGAAACCGGUAUGACACAACCGGUAUGACCGGUAUGAUCGACUCAUGCAUUUUAAGUAAAAUGACAUUAUUUUAAUGAACUUAAUAAAUAAAAAACUAAUUUAUUAUUCAUUUUAUGAAUGUAAUAGCUAAAAGUUGAUGAUAUUUAUUGGAUUGUAACUAAAUUGUCCACAAAUAUGUUUUAUAUAUGAUUAAAUACAUUAGAUAUUAAUUGUUUUCACAUUUUUUUAAUCGGUAUGAACCGACACAAACUAGUUAUAACACCGGUCGUACCAUUCCACCUGCCAAACCGGCACAACGGUAUAAACCGGUUUGACAACCUUGCCGGCCUGAGAGUUGGACGGCAAACAGAGGAACGGAGGACUCUGUCAUCAUAUCAAUCACCAUGAAUUGAUCCCUUCCCUCCAGAUUCUUGUACUCUCCUCCAACUCCAUUCUUGUCGCCAUUACUGCUGCCACAAUACGGACACGGGUAGCUUCUUCUUCUUCCUCUCUCUCUCUCCCCUCCAAAAAUGUCGACUCAUUGAAACCCUUAACGACCAACCACUACUAGUAGCAGUGACGAUCGUAUUCCUCCCGCCGUCAACCAUGGCUACGUCUUCCGUUCUCCUCUGCAAUCCUCUCUCCACCCUCCGUCGUCGCCGCUUAAUCGCCGUCCCUGCGGCGAGAUUUCACACACCCAUCUCCGUAGCAACUCUGUUUCCAAGCUCUGUCUCCCUCCGCCGCCGCGCCGCGAACUGUAGUCUUCGCUCAUCUACCAAUUCCUUGGUCCGGAGUUCUUCUCCUCGGAAUGUCGAAUCUCCGGCGGAUGAACCGACGCCCAUUGGUGAGGACUCUGCUCUGUUUCAAUUGGAGAAUCAGAAGCUCUCAUCUUGGCUCUACUUCUCCGUCAUCCUCGGCGUCGUCUUAUUCCUGCUCGACCUCCUCUGGAUCGACAAUUCCACCGGAUACGGCAAGGCCUUCGUCGACUCUCUCUCCGCCGUCUCCGACAGCCACGAGGUUGUAAUGCUUUUGCUCAUACUGGCUUUCGCAACUGUCCACAGUGGUUUGGCUAGCGUGAGAGACGCAGGGGAGAAGCUGGUCGGAGAACGAGCCUUCCGUGUUGUUUUUGCAGGAUUGUCUCUUCCUUUAGCUGUUAGUACAGUGGUUUACUUCAUCAAUCACAGGUACGAUGGGACUCAGCUAUGGCAGCUGCAAUCUAUCUCCGGGUUGCACGAAGUCGUGUGGCUGUCCAACUUCAUUUCCUUCUUCUUGCUCUACCCUUCGACGUUCAAUCUGCUGGAGGUUGCAGCCGUGGACAAGCCGAAGAUGCAUCUCUGGGAGAGUGGAAUCAUGAGAAUCACAAGGCAUCCUCAGAUGGUUGGUCAGGUGAUGUGGUGCGUAGCUCACACGGUGUGGAUAGGGAACUCGGUGGUACUAGCUGCAUCGGUUGGUCUGAUUGCACAUCACUUGUUCGGUGUUUGGAAUGGAGAUAGGAGAUUAGCUGCGAGAUACGGGGAAGCAUUUGAAGCAGUGAAGGGCAGGACAAGUGUAGUUCCAUUUGCAGCAAUCUUGGAUGGUCGGCAGAAGCUACCCAAAGAUUACUACAAAGAGUUCUUGAGGCUGCCUUAUCUGACCAUCACGGCGCUGACAUUAGGUGCAUAUUUUGCUCACCCCUUGAUGCAGGCUUCGAGCUAUGGCCUGCAUUGGUAGAAAGGGAAAGUAAGUAACUUUACCUAGAUGUAGUUGUUGUAUUGCUACCUUGGAUCAUCAUGUAGCUAGAAAAUGUACCAUCUGUAGCUUUCAAUCAUGCAAACACGGGAACUGAAUCUAGAAGUUGGAAUGAGAGUUAAAAGAGAAGAGACUCCAUUCUUCAUUUAUUGUAACGGAAACCUCAGUAAUACAAGACGCUACAUUCUGCAGUAAUAUAAAAGCUUCGAGCUUCACAUUGUUCUGCCGGAAUUACAUACAAACAUAAAGAUUGUACUUUUUUGCUUAAUCUUAUUCUGUCUCCGUCAUUAUUUUAGCAAAGCAGUUGAGGUAGUAGUAGAGUUCAUUUGUAUUGAUGACUGCUUUCAACAGGGACAGUGGUUGGAAGUUUUACAACUCCUUUAUAGCGCAAAGGAGGAAUAGAGCAGUGGCCGUUCUAUGGCCAAAUUCAUCAUCUGAGAUUGCAGAAAAACACAUCAUGAUCAUCAUCAACAACUUCUCAAACUUGUUCAGCUCCACAACUGUGCAUAAUGCUCCAGGCCAGCCAGGGUACUGAGAGGCUUACACCUCUCCAUCUCCAGCAAAGGAAACCCACAAUGGCAAAAAAACCUCAUUGGCUGUGUUGAAAGCCAAAGAGGUAAAAAGCAGAAAGCCAUUGGAACUCCUCCACUGAUCAGAAGGCGGCGGCAAGAAGACACAGCACUGCUAACCGAGUUGUACGCGAGUCUGCGUGUUCUGAGCUGUUGAGGAUGACCACAACAUGAAACCCACAAAAAGACGAGGGGGGAAACAAAAUAGAAGAAGAAAAUUUGAAAAUGAAGGGAAAGGAACAAAAAAAUGUUGCAGGUUGGGGUUAUUGCUGAUGGAGGAUGGAGAUUAGUUUAGUCAUCUCCCUGAAUGUACCAGCAGAGGAGCAUGGUGGCGCAGCGGCGGAGGACGUACAUCUUAGCUCGUUGCUCCUUGAUCAAGGAUGCACAUUUCCUGGUGAUCUUGCUUCCCUUCUUGGUUGGUGCAGCAGAGAGGCCAUUAGCAGAUGCAGCAUUCCUGGUGUAAACCGUGAUCUCAGCCAUUUUCGUACUUCGUGAUUUGUAGUGUGUUCAGUGACUUAACAAGAGUAACUGUGUAUAGAAUGAAUUAUAGGAAGAAAGGAACAAAUCAAACCCCUAAGGAGGGUGAAAAAAAGGAAGAUGAACAAGAAGAAGAAGUGCUUCAAACUGGUGUUGUUGGGAGAUGGAAGGUGGAAUGGAGGUGGAUAUUUAUGGAGGAUAGAGUGCAUGGUGAGUUAGGGUAGUGAACCUUGGAAGUUGGAAUUUAGGUAGAUUACAAAUUUUCCAUGAAAAAGAGGUGCAUUUUCCAGGAAAGAUCUAGGAGUUGACUUGUUUUUCAAGUGAGGGAAUGAACAUGGUCGCCUUCAUUACCAAGUAGUUUUGUCUCCUGUGUAUAACUGAAGCUAAACCAGGUAGGACAAUCCAAGUUUUGUGUAUGAUAAGAAAGAAUUUGCCUUAUCUUACCGAGUUAUAACUAGCUGUGAACACAUGUUUAUGACAGUUCAUCGACCAACCCGGUUCGAUUUUGCAGAAGACAUAUGCACGAACUAACGCCUACCCUUUCAUCGACCAAGCUGGAUCGAUACUGCAGAGGUCAAUGGUUGAGUAGAAGCAAUCCUUAUAACUAGGACACUUGGCUAAUGGGGAUUGGAAGUUGGAGAUGCAUUAAGAUUGACGAGAGAGAGAGACUGAGACAGAAGGAUGGAUUGAUGCAUGGAAAGCUGUUACAGAAUUAAAGAUUCAGAUACGGACAAAUUCCAGUUUGCACGUGCAUUGGCUUGGGAUCAGGAAGGAAGCAAUCCAGGAAGAAGAAGAUGUAUCAAAUCGGAAAAAGAAAAAAAGGGGGGAAACAUUCUUUUUAAUGUAGUGUGAUGAAUGCAAUGCCAGCCAUGGAAUCUAUAUCCCAACGUUAAUGUCGGAGAUGCAUGGUACAUGCAGGGAGCAAACUCGUGAUUCCCACCCACGAUUUCAGGUCCCCAAUGGAUUGAGAUUAAUCCCUUUUUGUAGAGCUCUUGUCUUAUCUCCAAUGUGAUAAGAGCACUAGGUGCUUUCUGUAACAGCUUACGACGAGAAGGUUUAGUCAUUGUUGUCGACGAUAGACACCAUGUUUGCAUGCACAACAGAAAAGAAAAGCUCUUAAUUGUG